AUACAUAAAAAAAGAAGAAAAAAGAAUGAGCGACUGGCAUUAGCAUUGGACUGGAUGGCUUGUGCAGCAGGAAACGCGAGCAGGUCCUGAAUCAGACGCUUAAAACUCGGUACACAGCUGGAGCAGCGCCAUGCAGGAUUCGACGCCGUACUGCGGGUAUCCACCCAACUACUGGUACGCUCCUCCAGCCGGGGCGUACACCGGCGCCUACCCGUCCGGGGCCGAGAUCAACGGGCAAGCAGCGUACAAUCCACAGGCGAUGCCUGCCUAUCCGAACGGAGUGUAUAACCCGGGUCAGUACCCGGCAAACGUCCUCCACCCGUCCAAUCCGUUCUACUGCAGCGAUCAGAUCCCACCGAGGCAGCCUGCGUACCACGGUCAGGACCGGACCCCGGCCAGCUCCCCUCAGCCCCCGUACCCUGUCCCACACUGCCAGGGGGCUCCUGGAUUUCCGCCCAGCUCGUACCCGCCCUACGGAGACGCCUGUCCUCCUAAUGCCCCCUACCCCGCCCAGCAGCCCGUACCCUCUCACCCUCAGCCUGAACCCUGGCCUCAUUCAGCAGGAUACGGUCCCCAGGCGCACUACCCCAACCAUACACGCCCUCCGCCCUGGCAUGGGCCUGCACCGCCUCCGUAUGACCACAUCAAGCACAAGGAGCCUCCGUAUCCCGGUCACCUGAACAACCGAAAUCAACCCAAACCUCGACCCGGUACGCCGAACUCCAACCCCGCCCCCACCCCGGCCGAGUUCAGCGCCCCGCCUCAGAUCUACAACAAACCGUCCCCCGGAGGCGGAAACCAGCCCAAACCGGCGCCGCAGCCCAGAGAGCCUCCUCCGUCUGCACCCCAGCCCCCGAGCGGUGGAGAGAACCCGGGGCUGGCCCGCGUGUAUGAGGUCCUCGCCAGGGUCCAUCUGCUCCAGGAGGACGUGGACGAGUUCGUGGGCAAAAAGACGGACAAGAGCUACCGCUGUCUGGAGGAGCUGCUCACCAAAGAGCUGCUGGUCCUGGACUCGGUGGAGACCAACGGCCAGGACGCCGUGCGCUCGGCCCGCAAGGAGGCCGUGCAGAAGAUCCAGGCCAUCCUGGACCGGCUGGAGAACAAGGCCUUUUAGAGGACACUUCUCGUCUGCGUUAACGAUUCUGUUUAUCACGUCCGGUUCGGUUAGCCGUAGCCGCGUUAUGCUGACUACAGAAAAUGCUAAUAUUAUUUUGCAGGUUAUCACACACACACACACACACACACACACACACACACACACACACACACACACACACACACACAGUCCCAUCAGCACACACACUGCCAUCUAAUCACCUGCUUCUUUUUCUAAUUCUAAUCUGUCUCUCUUUGACAUCCUGCUCCUUCUCAGUCCCGACUCCCGAGAAGCUAAUCGCGUUAGCGUAGCCGUCCACAACGAACCUGCGGGUGAAACGUAAAUGUUUUUGAGCGUAAAGCUGGCUGUAUCCUGUACGUUUGCUUACGAGUCUGAACGUCCGCCGCCAUCUUGGAUCUUGAGUUAUAAAUAACGAUCCGUGAGCUCAGAAGCAGAUGUUUAUGCGUAAAGCAAUAAAUAGUUAAGAUUUUUAUUAUUAUUAAAGUUCUAUGCCACCUGGUGUUAUUA